AUGCUUGCCUGUGCUGCCGCAGCGGCCGCGGCGGCCGCUGCCGCUGCUCGUCAUCAACAACAACAGCGUAUUAAUCCUAUUACUUGUGCUGACACAAGUGUUUGCCUUCUUGGUUCCAAUGUCGGCCCAGCUACCUGCUUCUCUCCAGCACAAGUUGCUUUGGCUGCACCUCUACCUCCGCCUGUGAUCGACAUCAAUGCUUGCAUUGAAUCGAGUAUGGAAACGGCACUCACCUUGGCCUGCAAUUCUGGUUCAGUCGAGCUAGUCCGUUUGCUCCUCGAGAGGGGUGCUGACAAAGAGCAUCGGGACAAAAAGUCACACACACCCUUGCAUACAGCCGUCUAUGCAAAUAUGCGUCCAAUCGUUGCGCUUCUGCUUGAUUAUGGUGCGGACAUUGAGGCUCAAGUUGAGCGCUCUAAAGAGACUGCUCUUUCAAUUGCCUGUUCACAUGGAAAAUUAGAUUUCGACCUUGUUUUCGCAACUUGGUCGAAGUGUCGGGGAGGCCUUGUUGAAUGUGUCCUCCGCCAUAAUAUUCGUGAUUUCCAGCAUUGGACCAUUGGCUAG